GCUGCCUCCCACAUCAAGCUGAAGAGCACCGGGUUGCCGUCUUCUUCAGGGCUUGCUGGAAUUCCAGCGAACCUUGUGUGCUGCUUUAUUCUCCCUUCUCCUUUGUCACUUUACUGACCUGACCGUCUUGCCUGCUGAAGACUUCUGUUGGAUACCAAAGAUGGCAUGUACUUUUUGCUCCUAACCCAGUUCACCAAAUGGAGGCAUUUCUCUCAGCAGGACCCUGGUCUGAGGGCCAUGCCAGGUUGCUGGGUGAGCUUGAACUUGUUUCCAGGAAAGGCCGCUGCAGAAUGCAGUGCCUGUGCUUGUGCUUGUUUGCACACCCUGUGCGUGUCUUUAUCUAGUCCUUGUGUGUCACAUGGUGCCUGUUCCUUGGAUAUUCCUGGCCCAGCUGGUUCCUCCCUGACCUCUCCUCCCUUCCCAGCCAACUGACUCAAACAAAGAAGAAAGGGUCUCUCUUCCCCCUCCCCCCCUCCCUCCCAGCUUCAUUUGCCUCUUUCAUUGUGAAAACGUCACAGCUUGUCUGGCUAUAGAUGGUGCUGUGGAGCCCAGGAGAACCCUUUUCGUCCAUGCCCAGGCGAGAGAAAGGAGGAGGAGGAGGAGGAAGAGACGGAGGAGGGGAGGGGGUUUCUGGGGGUCCCUCUGCCUGCAGAGAUGUGUGGGCAUCGCAGAGGCAAAUUGUGCCUCCAGGUCACCAGAGCUCCCUUGUGCUUUCCUUAAGAAUCACAAAGAGGGAGGAGGAGGAGGAGAGAUUUAUUUUUCUCCCCCAAGACUCCUUCCAAAUAGCUGCAACAAAUCUUCAGUUCUCUGUCCACCAAAGAUCCGCUCUGAUAUUUUUCUUGCCCCCCGCUUCCCAAUAUAUCCACUUUCCCCCUUCCCUUUCCCUCUUCUGGACGGCUGCACUGAGGAAUGAUGAAAAAGACCAAUUCUGCUAAACGGGCGUUCCAGGAGGGGAACCAGCAACCUCUGCAGCCUGACAAGGUGGGCUGGGUCCGAAAGUUCUGUGGGAAAGGCAUUUUUCGGGAGAUUUGGAAAAAUCGUUUUGUGGUCCUGAAGGGUGACCAACUGUACAUCUCGGAGAAGGAGCUCAAAGAUGAGAAAAACAUCCAGGAAGUGUUUGACUUGAAUGAUUAUGAGAAGUGUGAAGAGCUCAGAAAGUCCAAAAGCAGAAGCAAAAAAAAUUAUAGCAAGUUCUCGCUCGCCCAUUCCAAGGAGCCUGGCAACACAGCACCAAAUCUCGUCUUCCUGGCUGUGAGCCCUGAAGAAAAGGAAUCUUGGAUCAAUGUGCUCAACUCUGCAAUAAUCCGGGCCAAAAACCGUAUCUUGGAUGAGGUGACAGUGGAGGAGGAAAGCUUUCUCGCCCAUCCAACCCGCAACAGAGCAAAGAUACAGCACUCCAGGCGGCCUCCAACAAGGGGUCACUUGAUGGCUGUGGCAUCUACCUCAACCUCUGAUGGGAUGCUGACACUGGACUUGAUCCAGGAGGAGGAUGCCUCCCCAGAAGACCACGACACCUGUGAGAAGAGUUUCCGGGUGGACCUGGACAAAUCAGUCACCCAUUUCCCCCCUGGCCGAAGGCGCUCAGAUUCAGAGAACGUCAAGAACCAGGACAAGAGCAAGACAAACAGCCUCCCACGGAGGAAGGACACGUCUGAGGAGAACUUCUCCCUGUGCAGUGAGGCCUUUGUCAAAGGGACCAUGUACACUCCUCAGGUCCCCAAGAAGCUCUCUCGCUUGGAGAAGAACAAAUGUGCCUCUAUGGAAGAAAUCCUCUCCUGUUGGGACUCUUCCUCAGCUCGCCAGGGGGUGGUGAGGCCUGGCCUCCAGGACCAGGGCACUUCCCCUGCACCUGAGCAGUUGGUCCAGAUACAGGAGCUGGUGGCGCUACAGCUGGAGAAGACCCAGGAGCUGCUGACGGAAGCGAGGGGCUACGGGGAGGAGACGCGAAAAGCACAGGCGCCUGGCACCGCACCAGCGGCUGCCCCUGCCUGUCCCUUGUCCUCUCCCAAGUUGGACUCAGCAGCCACCUUGCGGGAGAUACAGAGGCUGCUGGGCGAGGCAUCCUCCAACUGGAGCCAAGCCCAGAAGGUGCUGCGGGAGGUCAGAGAACUGAGGAGCCUCUGCCAGCGCCUGGAACUGCAGCUCUCCAGACCUACAUCCAAACAGUGUGUGCUGCCUCAGUACAGGAGGAGCAUGAUGUGAAGGCAAGCAGUGGGCCAGUCUGCAGGGAGGGCAGGGCACGGCACAGGACAGCCGGGACGCGGGGGCAGGAGUUGGGGAGCGUGCGCUUUGUUGGGAUGCAGAGCACGUGACGCGUGCCAGGCUCCUGCUGUUACUCGAUCCUUACUCCUCACAGACUCAGUUUUUUCCUCACUCCCCCCCCCAACCUUUACAUGGCACCCAUUCCUCUCUUCCGGCUUCCAGGAAGCCAAUUUCAAUACGUUCUUUAUGUCUCUAUCCUUUCUCCCCCAAAGUGCAGCAAAUCGUAGGGAACAUCUUGGAACAUAUUUUUCAAAAGUAGCAUGAUGCUGUUUCUGGUAAUUUGGGCCCCAGGGUUUCCACAGAGGAUCCCUCUCUAAGAACUCUCUCUGGUUUCUGAGUAGCAGUCAGGGAAGUUCUCCAGCAGAAAUGCCAUGUGAGUGCUCCACACUCCCAAACGCCAGGAGAGGGAGGUUGUGCCUCAGGCUCCGGGGGCAUGUGGCCUCCUCCACAGCUGUCCCUCCUGUGUCCCUUUGACCCUCUGUGGCUGCCCUGCCAUUCGGAGGGCUCAUUUCCCGCUUGGGUCCAAGUCCGGACUCUGUCACGAAGGCUGUGUUGUUGCCGCCACCUUAAACUAUGCAGAAGACUAUUUCCAUGUCCGUGUCGCAGGAGUGGGAGCUGCUGCUACUGGAAACCUUUUGCUUAAGCUCACGCCUGCGGUCCUUGGCUGGGAGUGGGGAAGCCACUUCUGAGUAGGCUGUCCUUGGCCAGGGCAGUUCUGGUCCACGGGCUUCCAGCUUAAGUACCGCGUAUCGUUUCCCUUAGGUUCUUGGUAGGCGUUCCGUGUCAUUAUAUCGUCAUUUUGAUACAUCUCCCGUUGCUUUCCUCAGCCCUGCUUCUUACCAUCAGAUGUAGCUCAUGAGUAGCAACGUACCCAAUGUGCUUAGGAAGCAGGACUGUGGGCCACGGAGUCCUGCUCGGAAAAGUACGUGUCAGUAGAACUCACAAUGUGAGGUGUUUGUUCACCUUCAGGCAUGCAUCUUCUCCGUUCAGUGCAAUGGGAGGAUGGGAGUCUGACGCAUUUCGAGAUCACACAUGCCAGACCACCUCUCCUUCAGGAGCAAAUCCCUGAUUUCUUUGGCCGAGGACUGGCCCCAAAACUAUUGCUGCCUAGGAUAAAGUGCAGAUGGCGUCUGGUUCCCUUGGAGUUGAAUCCCAUGCCAGGUUUGGUGACAGGGGAGUGUCUUCUGCGGCAUCUGGCUCUGGUGGUUCUGUGUCCUCCGCCCACCACUGCCUUGCCACACGUAAUGGUAGGGCCGGUCCCCUUUUGGUUCCCUUUUCCAUCACUGAUGCUGAAACACAACGGACACCGUGUUGGACAGGAGGAACUCAAGAGUUUGUGUCCGUUGAAUGUGGCCACUGCUUCCGGUUUACUGGCAAACCUUCACCUGCUCAGAAUUUACUGGUGGUUGAAAGGGCUCUGAGGUUGAGGUCAGAGCCAUCUGUUCACUUGUGCCUCUUGCUCUUCCUGUGCUCAGAGAAACUGCAGGGGGCUGAGUUAGGGUUGCAGGAUUGCUACAGGCGGCAGGAUCUCAUAGUGGAGAGCGUUUCCCCAUUACAGAUUGUGCCAUGCUCCCCCUUCUCUGGCCACUGCCCACUGCUUAAGAAGGUAGAAUGGGGAAGGCGAUCGCUCCAGGUCUCUCCCAUGGCCUUGGUCCUCAGUAACGCUAGUUCAGUGGAGAGUUGGGAAGUGACCCCUGGGCACAGAUUGUAACUUAGGCACCUUCAUACCCUUGUUGACGAUCCCCACUCUGCACUUUGCCAAGCAGAACAACUUGGGUUUCCCAUUGUUGAAAUUGGUGAAGAAGAGCCACAUUCUUUGUUUCUGUGGGUGGUACUUUCUGCUCCAGCUCAGAGGGAGGAAUGCCCACACAAGUCUUCCAGAGUCAUCCCUCCAGAGAGGGAAUUGGAAACUGCUGCUUUUUGACCUCUGCCCCACAAUGAGAUUUUGCAAUCAGCCUGAGGUACCCUCAUUUCCCUUUUUUUAAGAGUCUGAGAAAUUUAUUUGCCCUUAUCUUAUUUUUCCAAACUUAUGACAGCCUUUUGGGGAGGAACUUGCCUCGUUCGUUUUUCAUCCCCCUGAGUUCUCUUAGUGAGUGGCCACAUCCAGAAGUCAGCAGUGCCCCAGUGUCUUCCUCCUCCUGCCCCAGUUCUCCCCCAGGCUUGGCUAAUCUGUUGCAUGAGUCUGCGAUGGAUUACAGUGUGUUGUGAAUUAAGCAAGAGAAAGCUUGCUGUCAAUCCCACGUGUGGGAUUACAGACGAAAACCCAAUUAUGGGGUUAGAAUGGCGUGUGUCUGGGUAAACAUGCCAGUCAGAGAAGUGCUGGUGUUUCUUGGACUUCUUGCUAAUUAAAUGAACUGGGAGAGGGUGGAUUGAGGCAGCUGCACCCUGGCUGGUCGCUGCAGUGCUGUGAAGGGAGUGUUGGCACCUUACUAGGCGCCACCCAAGUGUGAAGAGAUGACAUGGGUCUCCAAGACCCAUCAAGACUGGAGCCAGAAUUAGUCUUCCUGCUUCCUAUUACAUGUUAUGCCUGCCUGGCCAAAAGAGGGGUCAACCCGGUACUGGGGAAUCAGCUUGGGAAGAGUCAACUUGGGGAUUGGAAGCUCAUGGGAAAGAGAUGGGAAGCUCCCUUCCCAGAUGGCUCACAAUCCCCCCCCCCACUUCACUCAGAGCUCUGAGUUGCCUCUGCAAAGAAGAAGGGUGGCUCCAAGAACAGGGCGCAAGCCUCUGCCCCUCACCUGCCGGAGCCUCACCUUCCCCUCUGCUUCUGAAAAGGGACACCACUCCCCGCUCCCUGACCUCUUCAGGAAAGCAAGAGCCCAACGAAGUCUUCUUCUGAGGUCAGGACUAGGAAGCCAGGAGCUAGGCUUGCAGGUGAUACUAAGCGGUGGCUUGCUUCACGCAAACCACAGUCCACAGGCCUCCUAAGGACUAUUUUGGGGCCCAAAGAAGUCAAGCAGUUAAAUAAAAGGUUUCUCUACUAGGGGACCAAGCUUGAGAGAUAAGCUCUCUGGCAGUGGAGGGCAGGCAGCUCUUGUUCACUGAAUGGUCUGCUGGGGCUUCGUUACAACUGUUUAAAUUUCACUUCCUAUAGCCCGAGAUUUCCUGCUGCUCUCCCUUCUGCGUACUAACUGGGUCGCACCCCGCAAAAGUUUUAAAAUUCAGCCAAGGUCAGCUGAACCAAAGCUGUCUCGGCAACCUGUCACCCCUUGUGUGGCCAAAGAUGGUGUCGCUGUCAUGGACCCUUAGCCAGAUUAGCCUGUACCUCAAUAAAAUUAAAAAGGUACAAGAAACUUGUAAGCUGGCUAGGGUUAGGGCAGUAGAGAAAUGUGGAGAUAAAUAAUUAACCCUAUAAGAAACUCUGCUAAAGAGAAACUCUUCUCCCUGUUAAGUGUUGAGACCACCAAUAACAACAACAACAGCCCAAACACAAAAGGAACCCAUAGAACUUUUUUCCCCAGGAAGAAACAGAAACCAUUACCAUGUCCAAAAAAUAGUGAGGGCUCACUUCCACAGAAGUUACCAUUUUUCAGGAGAUGGGAGGGAAGAGUAGCUGGAGCACUGGGGCGAGCCAUCAGUCCCUACACAUCAGGCCUUUGCUUAGAAUUGGUUGGUUGGUUGCAUUUGUUUUUAUGUUGCUUCAGUCAAGCAAACCGAAGUGGCUUAAAAAGCUGUAAGGCAAUAGUACAAAUACAUAUUUCAGGCCAUAACAUCAAUAAUAACAACCAACCAAAUCAACAGGGUCCAUAAAUGUUCCCAUCCAGGAAGAGGGGGAGAACAAGUCUUAGACUAAUACUGUCAUUGUUAGACUGUCGAGGGAUCCUUCCCAUCAUUUCAGGACUGCUGAACUUGGGUGUCUCUGGCAAUUUAUGUUACUUGUGUGAUGGCAGCAUGAUUUAAAUGGACACAAAUAAUGAGCCCACUUUGAAUGUUGUAAAAUUGAAGUCAAGGUAAUUAAUUGUCCCGGCUCCUUUGGAUGAAGUCAAGGUAAUUAGUUGUCCCGGCUCCCUAACCCUAACCCAUUAUUGACGGGGGAUGUCCGGGUAGAAGCGUUGCCCGUUGCAUCCAAAGCCCACCAACAGGAUCUGUUAGGUGGUAUAUAAAACCUGUGCAAUUCUACUCAUUUGCAAAUACUCCGAGCAGAAGAAAGGUGACUGAAGCAAGGUGGCACGCUUUGUGUUAUCUGCUGUGCAACAAAGGAAACACAAUUCUCUCACAGAAUUUAUUUUCUCUCUAAAAUGCCAAAAACAUCCAGUCGGCGUGAAGCAACUGUUUUUGUGUAAACCAUUGCUGCAGAUUAACUGGAUAAUGUUUUUAGAUCCUGGGACUUUCAGCGGCCUUCAAAAACUCAGGACUAAAAACAGUCACAGAAUGAAUCCGUUGCAGUCCAGUAUAAAAAGAUAAUGGGAAUUACUUGAAAAUAGGUUGCAGGGUUGCCCUUCUCUGAGCUUGUUUUUUGGGUGGCAAAUCUUCUAUUACUUUGUUUCCUUGGAAAUAUACUGGGAUGUAUUGUAAGAUAUGCCACGUUUCUCACAGAGCAGAGUCAGGAACUGGAAGGAAGAGACUGAGGCGCAAGAUGCAGUUUGUGGCAGGGUAGAACUCCCACAGCUCCUCUGAGCCAGGCGGAGCCUGUCCUUGCUGCCGCUGCACUGAUUGCAGGUACAUGUGUAAAACACCUUUUUGAAAUCAAACCUGUGCGCGGACGGACAUUCCAUACAAGGUUUUCCCGUCUGUGGAAGCAUUCACGUGCCCGUGUCCAAAAGGUAAGCCCUGAGAGUUAGGACUGGGAAAAACUGAGGCAGAAGAGGGGGUCCCCGGCGUCAAACGUUUUGUGGGGAAAAGACCUCUGAUGACGGGCAUGUACUCUGGGGCUGCAGCACCAAGGAGGAGUGUGAACGCAGCAUCGUUUGUUAAACACAGAAGGAGGCUUCGAUGAAGACCCGGAACACUUCUCUGUAAGUGGCGCACAACAGAGUUUUUCUUUCCUCUCUCUUUCCUUGUGUGUUUAUAUUUUCCCCCAGUUUAGGACUCUGUCCAACCAGGGAUUAAGUUUGUUUCUCUUUAAGAACUUUUUCCAUCAAUGAAAAAAGCUGCUUAAUGUUGAAGUCAAAAUACCGGUUAUUUUUCCAAGUUACUGGUUUCCCGUUUUAGCCUAUUCAUCCAGGUAAGUGAUGUGUGUGUGUG